AUGUCUCUGGUUGCCUAUGAUUAUAGUAGUGGCGAAGAAUCCGACUCCGAUGAACAAAAUGAAGAGCCGAUAAAAUCCACAAUUCCUGCGAAAGAAACAACCACCUCACAGAAACACCCAAAUCAAACAGCUAAUGGAACUGUUCCAAAGUUGGUAACAAAUGGCCACAUUAGUGACGAUGAUGAUGAUUAUUUGGAUCAAACGGAAGAUCAAAUGAAAUCAUCCACAUUUUCACUAUCCCUUCCACGUCCAAAACAAGAAUCAUCAAUCCAAGAACUUGUAGGAAGCUUGACCACAUUUUCGGUAUUGCCAACUCCGAAGGUGUUAAGCGACGCCAAGGAAAUUAUCGAAGAAGAAGAUGAUGAAUUUUUGCACAAGAAAGACAAUUUUGUAAGUUCAGAUGUUAAACCUCCACCCAGCAAAGGACCUGUAAAAAUCUCAAUACCUUCACUGAAAGAUUUCGACGAUGUCAAUACAGAAAUGAAAGAAAAAGCCAAAACUGUGGGCAACAACGAAGGCAGAAAUAAACCUAAAGGUUGUGGUCUUUUGAGUAUUCUACCGCAGGCCAAAUCUGAGAGAAAGUUUUCAAAGGAGAACAAAGUUGUUACAAAUGAAACUAAACCCACUGCAUCGAAACCACAUCCCACAUCAGCAUUUAUUCCCGAUACUGUGAAAUACCGCCGCCCAGCUCAUAAUACCGAAGGUAUUGAUACGGACAAUACAGUAAAGAAAACUAAUCCUCAAUCUAAAACGAAAACAAAUAUUGUAAGAGAAGAAGAGGAAGAUGAUGAUAAGGCCGCAACAAGUGGCAAUGAUUUCUUCUCCCUUCAAUCCGAUGAUGAUGAUGUUAAACUUCCUGAUGUCAGUGCCAAUGAAAUAUCAAUGUUGGUCGCAAAGAAGGCAGCCAAAAUGGCAGAGGUUACAAAUAAAUAUCUCAAGGAAUGUGAAAACAAAUCCGCCAAGGAACAAGAAGAGCUAAACAGAAAUCAGCAAGAAUUAGAGGCGGCUAGAAAACGUUAUCAGGAAAGUCAACUGGAUUCGGAGGCCGCCCAAGCUCUUGUUGGUAGCAGUGCAAAGAGGAGGAAAAAUGAACCGAUAAAUAUUGUGGAUUUAAAUAGUGAUCAGAUUUUGCCAAACAAGGAUGAAUGGAUGCGCACAGCAUUGGCUUCAUCGACAACAUAUCAACCGACUGGAGUUUUAGUCGAUGAAGAGCCAGUUGCCGGUACUCGUCGUAAACAUCAAAUAACGUAUCUAGCCCACAAAGCCAAGGCCAACGAAGCAGAGUUGCAGGCUAUGUGGGCAGCAAAUCGUCAAAACAGAAGGGCGACACAAAGCAAAUAUGGUUUUUAA